GCCUGGGCAGCUGGGUGCGGAGCGCGCGCGCGGGACUUUCGAGCGUCCGGCCCGGGAACUCCACCAGCCAUGAGCCUCUGGGCGGACAAGUACCGGCCCUGCUCGCUGGCGCGGCUGGACUACGCGGGGCAGAGGGAACGGGUGGAGGGAACAGCAAGCACAGAGUCUCGGAGGCAGGAGUGUGCGCAGCUUCUGGGGUCCUCCAGCCGGUGUAGCUGGGUACAGUGUGGUGACUUUCCUCAUUUGUUAGUGUAUGGUCCGUCAGGUGCUGGUAAAAAGACAAGAAUUAUGUGUAUUCUACGUGAACUUUAUGGUGUUGGAGUGGAAAAAUUGAGAAUUGAACAUCAGACCAUCACAACUCCAUCUAAAAAGAAAAUUGAAAUUAGCACUAUUGCAAGCAAUUACCACCUUGAAGUAAAUCCCAGUGAUGCUGGAAAUAGUGACCGGGUAGUAAUUCAGGAGAUGUUGAAAACAGUGGCACAAUCACAGCAACUUGAAACAAACUCUCAAAGAGACUUUAAAGUGGUUUUGUUGACAGAGGUUGACAAACUCACCAGAGAUGCUCAACAUGCCUUGCGUAGAACCAUGGAAAAGUAUAUGUCUACCUGCAGAUUGAUCUUGUGUUGCAAUUCUACAUCUAAAGUGAUACCACCUAUUCGUAGUCGAUGUCUGGCAAUUCGUGUGCCUGCUCCCAGCAUUGAGGAUAUUUGCCAUGUUUUAUCUACUGUGUGCAAGAAGGAAGGUCUGAAUCUCCCUUCACAGCUGGCUCGUAGACUUGCAGAGAAGUCCUGCCGAAAUCUCAGAAAAGCCCUACUCAUGUGUGAAGCCUGCAGAGUUCAACAAUAUCCUUUUACCGAAGAUCAAGAAGUCCCUGAAACAGAUUGGGAGGUGUAUCUGAGGGAGACUGCCAAUGCUAUUGUCAGUCAGCAGACUCCACAAAGGCUCCUUGAAGUUCGUGGAAGACUCUAUGAACUUUUAACUCAUUGUAUUCCUCCUGAAAUAAUAAUGAAGGGCCUUCUCUCAGAACUUUUACAUAAUUGUGAUGGACAACUGAAAGGAGAAGUGGCCCAGAUGGCAGCUUACUAUGAACAUCGCCUGCAGCUGGGUAGUAAAGCCAUUUAUCACUUGGAAGCAUUUGUGGCCAAAUUUAUGGCACUUUAUAAGAAGUUCAUGGAAGAUGGAUUGGAAGGCAUGAUGUUCUGACAUUUACCAGUAAUAAUUCUUUAUAUGUCUCACUAUCAGCAUUUACGUUUAGUUUAUAUUGCAGGAGCUGCAGGUAAAAUAAACUAACUUUACUUAA